AUGGCUGCCGGGCAAUGGGUGGGGGUGGUUGAGCGGGUGCUCCGGGGAAUGGGGCUGAAAUGGGGGGCCAAUUUGGCUGUCCUGGGGCUGUGCGUGUUCCUCUUUGCCAGCGCCACGCACGCGAACUCCCUGAACGCCAUCGAGGAACCCGUCACCCGGCGCCACCACCAGCGGCAUCACGAGCGCGAGCGGGAGGAGAACGGCUACUGCGCUCCGUACAGCGGCAAGGUGUGCAAGGAGUACCUCACCGGCCAGGUGUGGUACAGUCUGGAGGAUCCCACUGGCGGGUGGAAGAAUGAGCAGGUGACCACGGCGCUCUGGGACGAGCUUAUCUCCGAUCUUACGGGUCUGUGUCGCGAGGCAGCCGAGAAAAUGCUCUGCGCCUAUGCGUUUCCCAACUGCCACAUGGAGGGCGGUCGAGCGGUGAAGGCUCCUCUCUGCUUCGAGGAUUGCCAGGCCACGCAUCUCCAGUUCUGCUACAACGACUGGGUGCUCAUCGAGGAGAAGAAGGAGCGAAACAUGUUCAUCAAGAGCCGCGGCCACUUCCGGCUACCCAACUGCUCCUCCUUGCCGCACUACAACGCUUCCAUGCGGCGACCCAACUGCUCCUACAUCGGUCUCACCGAACUCAAGGAGUCCGAAGUGAGCUACGACUGCCGCAAUGGAAACGGACGCUUCUACAUGGGCACAAUGAACGUGUCCAAGUCGGGAAUUCCCUGCCAGCGCUGGGACACUCAGUACCCGCACAAGCACUUCCAGCCACCACUGGUCUUCCAUCAGCUCCUGGAGGGCGAAAACUAUUGCCGCAAUGCUGGCGGCGAGGAGCCGCAUCCCUGGUGCUACACUGUGGAUGAAUCAGUGCGCUGGCAGCACUGCGAUAUACCCAUGUGUCCGGAUUAUGUGGACCCCAAUGCCGGCGAUUUGAACACGCCCAUUAAGAUGGAAAAGUUCUUUACGCCAUCGAUGAUUUUUCUCUUGGCUGGAAUAGGUUUCGUGGCCAUUGUGACCCUGCACUUGAUGAUCUUGCUUGUCUAUAAACUGUCCAAGCACAAGGAUUACUCCCAGCCUGCGGGAGCAGCCACUGCAGAGUGCAGUGUUUCCAUGCGCGGAGGAGGAGAGUGUGGUGGCAAUCUGAACACCAGUAGAGAAACCCUCGGAGGUAAUGGAAACACGAAUACCUUAGCAAAGUGGGGCACCAUUAGAAGCACGGCCACUAUUCACAGCAAUUGCGUGGCCCUUACUACGGUGAACAAUGUGUCAGAUGCGAAGGGCACGAAACCGAAUGCACGCCUGGAGAAGUUGGAGUACCCACGUGGAGAUAUAGUGUAUGUAAGAUCAUUGGGUCAAGGAGCCUUUGGUCGCGUCUUCCAGGCCAGGGCUCCUGGACUUGUUCCCGAUCAGGAAGAUCUCCUAGUCGCUGUUAAGAUGCUAAAGGACGACGCCAGCGACCAGAUGCAGAUGGAUUUCGAGCGUGAGGCCUGUUUGCUGGCCGAGUUCGAUCAUCCAAAUAUCGUGAGGCUCCUGGGGGUGUGCGCCUUGGGCAGACCCAUGUGCCUGCUCUUCGAGUACAUGGCUCCUGGCGAUCUCAGCGAGUUCUUGCGCGCCUGCUCCCCAUAUGCCACCCACCAGGCGCCGACUCGGGAUCGUCUGCAGUUGAACGAGCUACAUCUGCUGCAGAUGGCGGCCAACAUUGCAGCGGGCAUGCUGUAUCUUUCGGAGAGAAAGUUCGUCCACCGGGAUUUGGCCACCAGGAAUUGCCUGAUCAACGAGCACAUGGCGGUUAAGAUCGCCGACUUUGGGCUCUCGCACAAGAUCUAUCUGCAGGACUAUUACAAAGGCGACGAGAACGACUUCAUCCCGAUCCGCUGGAUGCCGCUUGAGAGCAUCCUGUACAACAAGUUCUCGCUGGAGUCGGAUGUGUGGGCCUACGGCAUCUGUCUGUGGGAGAUCUUCUCCUUCGCCUUGCAGCCCUACUUCGGGCUAACCCACGAGGAGGUGAUCAAAUACAUCAAGGAGGGCAACGUACUCGGCUGUCCGGAUAACACGCCGCUCUCCGUCUAUGCGCUGAUGCGCCGCUGCUGGAACCGCAAGCCCAGUGAGCGACCUGGCUUCGCCGAGAUCAACCACUGCAUCCAGCACAGCAUCGCCGAGAGCGAGUGCAAGGCAAUGCUCUAGGGGAUCGCCGGAGAAGUGAAUGAAAUAAUCUUUGACGAACAGAACGAUCGUCCGUUGUCCUUGGGGGGCAAGCAAUAGAAGCACAUGAAUACGUCAGGUUGGGUGACAAAACAAUAGAAGGGAAUGCCAUCAUCUUAAAACUUGAUAAUAAGCUUUUGGAUCUUUAGUAUAUUUGCCGAUUUUUUUAGGACAUACAAAAUAGUUCUGAAUUGCAUAACGGUGGCAUUCCUAGACUAUCUUUUUUGAAUCCCCAUCUCUUAUGCAUACUGAAUUGAAUUUUGCACAAGGUGAGAUCAGAGGGGCAACAGGUUUGUGAUUAAGUUAGUAUAAAUGACAGCUCCAUAUCUUUAAGAGAUCGCUCCGUUACCAAGUCUUUCAUUCGAUGCUUCCUCACAUAACUUUCUUUAAUCGAUACAGAAACUAUUUUGAUACACUUAUACCCUCUGAUCUCUCGAUCUCGAUCGAAUAGUCUGCCACAACGAACGCAUCAUCAACGUCUCGUAUCCAUAUCUAGUCUGUAGAUUAAGUUUAUAUAUAUAUGCGCAUAUGUAGAUUGCAUUUUAAUGGGAAUAUUUUUGACUAGGCUUAAGCACUGCCAUCGCAGUCGCACUCCACAAAGAUCGCUGAUCGCUGAUCACUGGGUGGACAAACAGGAACCAGACACCGGAGACCAUCAAAACAAUAAGUUAAAUGAGAUAUGGAAUAUUUAGAGAACUGUCUACAGCCCGAAUUUCUGGGUAACUUUACAUAAUCUUUGUAACUAAAGCAACGUGUUGAUUGUAAUUUGUAUAAAUAAACCAUCUAUAACCGUA